AUGAGCUACGGACCGGCCCUCCCACCGCACCUCCUGAAGAAGCGAGAAGCUCCUACUGACGAUGAUGGCCCACAGCAGCCUGCUCCUAAAAAACGGAAUGCUCCAAUUGGACCUGCAAGACCAAAUCAACCAAAAGCUCGUGAUGACGAUGACUUUGGUCCAUUGCCGCCACCUGCUGGUGGUCCUGAACAGGAUGAGGAGUAUGAGCUGGCAUUAAAAGUCAAGGAAAUUGAAGAACGUGCUAAACGACGACAAGAGGAAGAUGAAGAAUCUAGGAGAGAAAAGAAACUUGAACGUGGUGACUGGAUGCUCGUACCGCCUGAAGCUAAAGGUGGCAAGAAGAAUAUUAUUGACUCAUCUGGAUGGACCGCGUCGCCAUUGGACAAGGGAAAGAAGAAGGCUGCUCCCAAAAACGAACCACUACCUCCCCCACCAGUCGCAUCAGCACAGGAUAAAUCUACACGGAAAUACGUUGACCAAUACAAUGAAAAAAAUCGCCCAAAAUCCCUACUUGAAUCGCAUCAAGUAGAAUUCGCCAAAACAAAACUAGAUACAGACGAUGUAUCCAAACGAGCAUUUGAUCGUGACAAGGAUAUGGGAUCUCGACGUAUUGAUGGGAAAUCACGACAGAACUUGAUUGAGCAGUCAAAAGAAUUGGAUUCGAGGUUUGGGCAUGGCAAGAAGACAUUCUUGUGA